AUGGAGGGCCACGGCGGCAGUGGCAGCAGGAGGCCAGGGACCCUGGCUGGCCUGGGCCCCCUGCCCAUGCCCCACGGGGUUUUCCAAACUGGAGAACCCUCCAAGGUGGACUCCAGUUUUCAGCUCCCGGCCAAGGAGAAGGCGGCCCCGGUGCCCCUGCAGCCAAGGCUGGCGCUGGCACCUCUGGGGCCGCGUGCGGCUGUGCCACCUUCCUCGGAGGGGCCGACUCCGGCAUCUCCUCGACCUCUCCUGGCUCUGCUGCCGACCCCGGGCGGGCAGAAAACAGCCCUCGCCUGCCACAGCGCCAGCCCGGCUCCGGCGUCCGUGGGCCAGUUGGUGGUGUCUGCGGCGGCUGCUGUGCCGAAGCCUCUUCCAGCACCACCAGGCUCCAUCCUGGCUCCCACAUCCCCGGGGCCGCUGGGGAUGUCUGUCCCUGACGCGCCCAGGCUGCCACCAGCCCCCCCGGGGCCCAGGCUGGCUCCGGUGCCCGGGGACCAGAGGCAGACGGCCCCCGCCUCCGUGAGACCCAAGCCAGUGCUGGCCGCCUCCGGCCUGAGCCUGAGCCUGGCCCUGGCACCGGAGGAGCCGCACCCACAGCCCCCCUCCCCGUCUUCCCCGAUGCCCAGUCCAAUUCUGUCGCCCUCUCAGGACCAGGCCCCGGCUCCAGCAUCCAUGGCACCAGCCCCGGCCUCUGUGGGACCGACACCAGCUAAGCAGAGGGAUGCCCCCGCCCCUAGGUCUCUCCCCCCGAACAAAGGGCAUCUGCAGCCAUCAGCUCAGGUGCCCAGUCCUGCUGCCGUCUCCCCGCCUUUGAUCCAAUCUCCCCCAGACCCCCGGCUCUCCCCCUCCUUCCGGGCCAGGCCCGAGGCCCCCCGCAGCAGCCCCGAGGAUCCGGUCCUGCCCCGGCCAACCCAGACGCUGCCCCUGGAUGUGGGCCAGGGCCCCCCCGAGCCUGGCACCCGCUCCCCAGGACUGCUGUCCCCCACCUUCCGGCCAGGGGCCCCCUCAGCUCAGACUGUGCCCCCGCCUCUGCCCAAGCCGCCCCGCUCCCCCAGCCGCUCCCCCAGCCGCUCUCCCAACCGCUCCCCCUGUGUGCCCCCAGCCUCUGAGAAGGCCCUCCCCAGGCCUGGCACCCAGGGUGCAGGGCCUGGCACGCAGGGUGCAGGGCCUGGCGGGCGCCUGAGCCCCAGCUUUCAGCCCCGAGAAGUGCCAGCCCCGGGCACCACCUCCUCGUCGACACCCGCCUCCUUGUCUAUACCCACCUCCUCGUCGACACCCGCCUCCUCGCCCUCCUCCUCUUGGUCAGCUCAGCCCACCUGCAAGAACGACCCCGGCUUCUGGAUCACUGUGGUCACGUGGAAUGUGGGCACCGCCAUGCCCCCCGACGACGUCACUUCUCUCCUCCACCUGGGCGGCGGCAGCGAUGACAGCGACAGGACAGACAUGAUCGCCAUAGGGCUGCAGGAGGUGAACUCCAUGAUCAACAAGAGGCUCAAGGACGCGCUCUUCACAGACCAGUGGAGCGAGCUGUUCAUGGACGCGCUGGCGCCUUUCAACUUCGUGCUGGUGAGCACGGUGCGGAUGCAGGGCGUCAUCCUGCUGCUGUUCGCCAAGUACUUCCACCUGCCUUUCCUGCGGGACGUGCAGACCGACUGCACGCGCACCGGCCUGGGCGGCUACUGGGGCAACAAGGGCGGCGUGAGCGUGCGCCUGGCGGCCUUCGGGCACAUGCUCUGCUUCCUCAACUGCCACCUGCCCGCGCACAUGGACAAGGCGGAGCAGCGCAAGGACACCUUCCAGACCAUCCUGAGCCUCCAGCAGUUCCCGGGGCCCGGCGCGCAGGGCAUCCUGGAUCACGACCUUGUGUUCUGGUUCGGGGACCUCAACUUCCGCAUCGAGAGCUACGACCCGCACUUUGUCAAGUUCGCCAUCGACAACAACCAGCUCCAGAAGCUCUGGGAGAAGGACCAGCUCAACAUGGCCAAGGACACCUGGCCCAUCCUCAAGGGCUUCCAGGAGGGGCCCCUCAACUUUGCCCCCACCUUCAAGUUCGACGUGGGGACUAACAAGUACGAUACCAGCGCCAAAAAGCGGAAGCCAGCCUGGACAGACCGUAUCCUGUGGAAGGUCAAGGUUCCAGGUGGCGGUCGAAGCCCCUCCGGACAGCAGAGCCACUGGCUCCAGGUGACCCAGCACAGCUACCGAAGCCACAUGGAGUACACCGUCAGCGACCACAAGCCGGUGGCUGCCCAGUUCGUCCUGCACUUUGCCUUCAGGGACGACCUGCCGCUGGUGCGGCUGGAGGUGGCGGAGGAGUGGGUGCGGCCGGAGCAGGCCGUGGUGCGGUACCGCGUGGAAACGGUGUUCGCCCGCAGCUCCUGGGACUGGAUCGGCUUGUACCGGGUGGGUUUCCGCCACUGCAAGGACUACGUGGCUUACGUCUGGGCCAAACACGAGGAUGUGGACAGGAACAACUACCAGGUGACAUUCAGUGAGGAGUCGCUGCCCAAGGGCCACGGAGACUUCAUCCUGGGCUAUUACAGCCACACCCUCAGCAUCCUCAUCGGAGUCACGGAGCCCUUCCAGAUCUCGCUGCCUGCCUCGGAGUCGGCCAGCAGCAGCUCCCACAGCUCAGGGACCAGCUCGGAGGAGGAGGACGACAGCACCCUGGAGCUGCUCGCACCCAAGUCCCGAAGCCCCAGCCCCGGCAAGUCCAAGCGGCACCGGAGCCGCAGCCCGGGCCUGGCCCGCUUCCCCGGCCUGGCCCUCCGGCCCUCCUCCUGUGAACGCCGGGGCACCAGCCGCAGCCCCUCGCCCCAGAGCCGCCGCCUGCCCUGCGUGGCCCCCAGCAGGGGCAGCAGUGACGGAGGCACCCAGGGCUGCGACGAGGAGGGCCUCUCCGGGCUGCCUGGUCCCUGGACCCUCCCCCCACCUGUGCCUCGAAGCCUCGGCCUGCUGCCCGCCUUGCGCCUGGAGACUGUAGACCCUGGAGGCGGUGGCCCCUGGGAGCCUGACCAGGAGGCCCCGGCCCCCGACAGCCUGUCUCCCAGCCCUCAGGGCCGGCAGAAGUUGGAGGAAGGGGGCCUGGGGCCCUGA